AUGAAGGAAGGCAGGUUCCACGCCCUUUGGGUCAUGUUUAGGCGCCUGCCCCCUCCCUCCCGGGGGAAGGAGCUCCUUGCCAAGCUGGCGCAGGCGGAGGAGGAGAAGGGGGAUGCCGCCCAGCUGGCCCGCGAGUUCGAGGCGCUGACGGAGGAGAACCGCACCCUGAAGCUGGCGCAGUCCCAGUGCGUGGAGCAGCUGGAGAAACUCCGCAUCCAGUACCAGAAGCGGCAGGGCUCGUCCUAGCGCAGGUCCUCCCCCGGCCCCUGCCC